GUUUCGGGCACUUACAAAACCGUCGCAGGCGCAAAACCUUUGGCAUCUCUCCAACCCUUCGAGAACUGGACAGGUAGGAGCUGCAAACUCCGCCGGGCCAAAAUCAUCGUGAUCUCUGCUCAUACGAUAAUGCGACUAUGAAAAUCUCUACUAUUUCUUUGGGCCUGUUGGCUCUCCUUGCAUCAACCACAUUUGCAUGGACGAAGGAAGACCGCGAAAUAUUCCGCGUCCGUGACGAGCUGAUUGCACACGAAGGGCCGGAUGUCACGUUCUACGACUUCCUGGGUGUGAGCCGGUCGGCGAGUCACGAGGACAUCAAUAAAGCCUACAAGAAGAAAGCUCGGCAGCUUCACCCGGACAAGGUCAGGCAGCAGCUCACAGCCGAGCGCGUCAAGGCCCAGAAGGAGCAGGCCAAGAAAAAGAAGGGGAAGCCGGGAGUCCAAGUGACGAAGCCUCCCUCGGCCGCAGAGAUCAAGGCCGCAGUCAAGCGCGCCGAGCAGCGCCAGACUCGCCUGUCUAUUGUCGCCGACGUCCUCCGCGGACCGGCUCGCGACCGGUAUGACUACUUCCUCGCCAACGGCUUCCCCACUUGGAAGGGCACCGAAUACUACUACAGCCGCUACCGGCCGGGCCUGGGCACUGCCAUGUUCGGCGUCUUCCUCUUCGCCGGCGGCGCUGCGCACUACCUUGCGCUCUACAUGAGCUGGAAGCGGCAGCGUGAGUUUGUUGAGCGCUACAUCAAGUUUGCCCGGCACGCUGCGUGGGGAGAGAACCUCGGCAUCAACAUUCCGGGCGUUGAGGAACAGCCGGCGGCUGCUGCUCCUGCUGCCGCCCCUCAGCAGGUGUAUCAAGACGAAGAAGGGCGGGCUGUUCCGAUGAACCGGAAAAUGCGCAGAAUGCAGGAGCGUGACGCCAAGAAGGAUGCGGCCAAGGAGACGCGGGGUGGUGCGCGCGGGGCCCGUCGCGUGCCUCGCGCUUCUCCCUCCGCAUCGGGAGCUGCGACGCCCCAGCCGCAGCCCCAAGGCAGCGGGCCAACGGGAGCAAAGAAGCGAGUCGUUGCCGAGAACGGCAAGGUCCUAGUCGUGGACUCCUUAGGCGAUGUGUACCUCGAACAGGAGGACGAGGACGGUAACGUGGCCGAGUUUCUGCUUGAUCCCAACGAGAUUGCUCGCCCCAGCAUCAAAGAUACCGCCGUUGUCCGUCUUCCACUCUGGGUCUAUCGGUUGACGAUUGGGCGUCUCACCCCUAAGCGUGCUGAGGAUGCGGCGGAGGGUGAUGACCAAGAGGCAGAGGCCGAAGUUCUGGACGAAGACGAUGCGGACUCAGAGCCCGGCAAGCUGACACCUAGCAGCUCCGCGGAGGAUUUUGAGAUUCUGGAGAAGUCAGUCGACGAGUUGGGGCAGGCUAAGGCCAGUGGAAACAGCCAGAAGCAGGGCGGCAAGGCUAGCAAGCGGAAGAACAAGAAGAGAUGAUACGGGUGUAGGAGCAUCAUCGGGAAUGGGUAGGCAUCAUUUGGAAUCUAGUGUGGGC